GGAGAUCUGAUUGGCUCAGACCUGCCAGGCCAGAAUCAUGUGAUCAAGAUGAAUGCAGAUGUGAAGGCACUGACAUAUUGUGACCUGCAGUACAUCAGUAUGAAAGGUUUAAGUGAUGUUCUUGAACUAUAUCCCGAGUAUGCCAGCAUCUUCACUAUUGACAUCCACCAAAACCUCACAUACAAUCUGAGAGAGGGCAGUGAGACUGAGCAGAACUACCCAGACUCCAAUGCAUCAACUGAGAAUAAGCGUCCAUCCAUUGUAGAAAAGGCUGAUGAUCCAGACAAGUACUUCCACGUCCCACCUGUUUCCAAUGCAUGCCGAAACCUUCUUCUGCCCAAUCUAGGCAGCCCAGUACGACGUACAUCACUAGGGAAUCUUUUAGGAGAGGAGUUACUGCAAUUUAAUACCCUACGACAUUGUCGUUCACCUGUAAGGGGUUGGAGUCCAAACCCCUCCCCCAAACAUCAGACCAAAGUACAGAAACAAACCCUCCCACCCACAUCUACACCCAAACCCACGCAUAGGACACAGACAGAUUCUGGAGGUACAGGACGCAAACCCGCCAAACUGCUCAUCCCCACUCUCAACUGCUUUGGACCACCAGAUCUUAGUCCAAG